AUGGUCAUUGUCAUUGGGCCGCUGCUCAUGCUGAUGCAGAACCAGAUGGCGGCGCUACAAGACAAGGGCGUCGACAUCGCAUUUUUCAACUCAGAGCAGAUGCAUGAGGAGGUGGAUGUUCACUGGUGGCUGCUCCAUCGGAUCAAGCAGCAGCGGCCAAACUUGAUACACAUGAUGCUGGAGAAGCUGAAGCACAGCUCGGCGUUGACAUUGAUACUGAGGCAGCUGUACAACAAGAAGCACUUGAAAGGAUGUGUGCUCGAUGAGGGCCACAGUGCGGUCAAAUGGGGUUGGAACUUCCGUUACUCUAAUCACAGUAUCGGUUCCUCGACGGUUUCUGCCAAGGUUUUCUGGGCAUUCCGAUCAUGGCCCCUGACCGUGACCAUGACGACACACUUCUCGCAAUCGAUGAAAUGCCCGAACCUGAACUAUGAGGCGUGGCCGAAGAAGAAGGUGGCACUUCAGGAGAUCGCACAGUUUAUCAAGGAGAGCCAUGCUGGUGAGACCGGAAUCAUCUAUGCGCACAGCUGCAAGUUGUGUGAGGAGAUCACGUACAAGUUGAAGGAAGAACAUGACUUCGAUGCACGACAUUUUCAUGCUAAGGUGGAUUCAAGGGACAAGGCGGAGACAUUAGACAGCUGGAAGAUGGACGAAUGUCAGGUAAUCAUUGCAACCAUAUGA